AGUAUCCUUUGUAGUGUUGAUGACACGCCCAUCUCGAUGGGCAGUGCGGAAGGCGAGUUCAGAGAGUAGUCCUCAGAAUCUUCGGGAACGGGCGGUAAAGCUCGCCCACAACUCCCAUAUGUACUCUUCAUGCAAUCCACGGAAACUGGUAUUAGAGCCCAACGAGCCAGGGGUUGAGCUUGCCAGGAACUACCUCCUACGGCAUCCAAAAGAACAGCCUGUAUAUGGCAACACGGAGCUCGUACGAAAAGAAGUUAUUCACGUUGGUGAAAACUCCGCCGCAUUGCCUAAGCUCACUUUACCAAUCAUCAUUCGAUCUGAUGAGUCUAAUAGUAAUAAGAUAUCGGCUACAACCAGAAGCAGUGCCAGUGCGCCAUUGACUUCGAAGUUCUUGAAGGAUGUGAGCCCAUCCGCUUCUACUGUUGAAGGAUCGUCGCUUCGCCGUCUGUGAUGAGAAGAUAGUCGUUAUGAAUGAGUGAUGCUCCUGUGUGUAACAUAUUAUAUGUGCACAGGCGGCAACCACACUCGAAGAAGUAUUAUUGAUGUUCUUCAUAAUCCACUGCUCAUUCUAUGCCGUGAUCAACAUCGUGGCUAUAUUAUUAUAACUUUUCUCGAACUCGUAGCGUCACACCUUUUAACGCCGACGUCACGAGCAUUAUUAAUGUUCGUCUCGUUGCUCUAUUCGCCGUGCUCAGAUUUCGUAGUAUGGCGUUUCGUAUCGUGAGUUCGUCGUCUAAUACUGUAUGUAACCACUGAAACUACAGUCUAUCAUAGGCACUUGUGCCCAUGGUAAUAGUUUGACCGCUCUGCUCGUGGGAAGGGUUCUCAGGCUGAAUUCUCCCCCCAUUAUCGGAGUGAAGUUUGGCAUUCUCAUAAUCCGUAACUUGAGUUAUCGUCCUCUCCCUGUCUUGACUAACCAUAGCUUGUCUUUGUAGCACUUAGGUGUCUCAGCCUCCUACACAGCAUCAGGACUCGAGGCCGUAAUAAGUUUUGCCAUGCUAUGGAAUUGUCGGUCGGAAUAGGGAUGUUGCUCAUUGCUUCGGUUAAGAGUGUGUUGUCGUCGUAGUUGUAGUAAUAGUAGUUGCAUUUCUGAACCAUACGUGCUUAUCCCAUGCUUGUCGCAUCACCUGCAUGUAAGUGGUUCGUGCGGUAUCAUUUACUGCACUGGUUGUUCUAAGAUAAGUACUACAUUCUUUUAUGAGGGAUAUCUAUAACCAUUAUUAAUGUUGUACUCCGCCAUUGUUCGCUGCUGUUUGACUAUGAGGAGUGCUGGUGACACUGCCUGGUGACACUGCUUGGUGAUGCAGAAUUCACGUAUAUCUGUUAGUUAGCGGUGUGUCCAAUACGAGCUAUUCUAAGUUCUAUUGUGUGCUAACCCAGCUCAUACUCCUCUACCGUCCAUUGUAUCCAGCUCGUCGUGGGCUGCUGAUAUCAUCAUUGUCGGACGUUUGCUA